AUGGUGGGGAGCCCUUCACACCAUCUCAACUCGGGAGCGCAACUCGACAGCACGGCGCCCUCAACGGAAGGAAGGGGAAAGGGCGUCGCGUUCGCCAGCGAUGAGGGCAGCGCUCAAAGAAAACGGGCGGCCUACGACGAGCGCGCGCGCACCACAUCCGUCAGCUCUGAAGACUCGGAGGGCUACGAGCACGUGAACACGCUGCUCUCUGCGUCGUCGAUUGCUAACACCGACACUAUCUCCUCGUCAGGCCACUCGACGGCUAUGACAUCCGCCACUACCUACGACGAUCGGCCGAAUGACGAUACCCCCAUUGCCACUCCGUCCUAUGCGGCCCCCAGCCUUACCCUCCUCGAACUCGUCUCCAACACUGCGUCCUCGUCCGCGCUCCCUGAUAGCUUCGAUGUGAAUGUGUCACGAAAAGGUGGAUAUGUAGCGGUAUACUCGGCGUCGAAUCUGUUCUUGGUCAAGACCGUGCAGCUGCCGCGACUAUGGGCAAGGACACUGCAGGUCAAGCGCAAGCCCGUCGCAAUCGACAUUACUGAAGACGGCUUUCUAUUGGCCGUGCUAUCGAGACCUUCACAAGUCGAUCUAUACGAAAUACACGGCGAGGGCGAUAAUCAGAUCAAGAAGAGGCGGACCAUCAUGCUGGUGCACGAGGCUAGCUCUAUCGUCAUAUCACCCGACGCGCGCAUCUUAAUUACGGGCAACAAGUUCGGCAUCGAAGUCAUUGCCAUUGGGCCAGAAGUACCCGAGACGACACGACGUACGCUUUCUGGACCCGCCGGUGAUGCAUUGGAGUUCUCGGACGAUGGGCGCACACUGCUCAUAACGGGGUAUGCGAGGAAGUCGGAUGGCUCGGCCUUGUUCGUCCUACCGGGUCUCUACGAUGGUCCGCUUACAGAAGAGGGCGAGCCGAUUCCACAACCCCCGGAAGCUGCAUGGACCGGCUCGGUGCUGUUUCCUGAGACGGCAAGAAUAGCACGCCAAGCUACCCUGCUUCCAGAUGCUGACACGGGUACGUUCAACGAACUAUUCGCGUUCAAUGCCGAGGAGGACUCAUGGGGCAUCUACGACAUUGCAUGCCAACGUUUCACACAGAGGAAGAUGUUCCUACCGGAUCACGCGAGGUGGACGCGCUCGGAGUUUGUUGACGAUGCCAUGCCUGCUGUCUCUCCAAAUGCUGACCUUGCCGCUGUUGCCCUGCGGAUGCGCGGUACCACCAACAUCUGGAUUUACGAAGUGCCAGGUUGGGAGUACAAGCCGAGCGAAAAGACCAAGGUGGAUGCUCCGAUUCAGCCUUGCUUUUGCAUUCCCAUCCCGAACGACAACGCAGGCACUUUGCAAGAAAUAUGCGUGCUCAGAUGGGUUAGGCUAAACGCCAAUGUGCAGCGACUUGUGGCCGUCGGCAACUCGAGCAUACUACCUGAUGAGAAUGAUGUGCCUGGGGCGCCACUGGGGUCCAAAGGCGUUCUGAUAGUCCUGGAUUUCGACAAGACAAAGCCCCUGGGAAGCGCUCCCCCAACGCCGCUCAAGACUGAAUACGACUUAGAUCCCCUUUGUCCAGGUGAGAUGCUACCGGAAGGCUCGAUUGACUUUGAUCGCGAGGUGGAACUGGUACGAACCAGGACCAUGGCACAGCGCAGAGCCCAGGAUCGAAAUGACAUUGUUGCACGAAGACCAUCAAGAAUCGGAACUACGCCUGUUCAGCGGGCGCGUACUUCUGCGAACCGGAAUGCGCCAAGACCACCACUGCCUUCCGAUGAGUCGGAGGAGUUGACACUGGAAGAGGCACAGGCAAUGUUUGAAGCUCCGUAUGAUAACCAACAACCUCGAUCUCAGAUGUCUCUAGCUAGGGCUGCCACCGUCGCGGCCGUGUCACCUGCGAACCGUCGGCAUCUGCGCGCUCUGCCUUUCAGACCCCUGGAGUACCGUCGUGCAGACGGUCAUCGAGAGCUGCCACACGAAAGUGACGCCGACAACUGGGUGCCACCUCCGCCAGCAUAUACGACCACCGCAGCAGCAGCAGAGAGUGUCAGCCUGAGCCAUCCGGAUGCACCGCCUCCAAGGAACACUCUGCCACCUCUGGCUGCUCCAGACCAACAGUUCUCAGCCGGGCAAAGGUUCCCCAUCAGUGCGCCGCCGAGGACAGAUCAGAGUGCGCAGUACAACCACCCCUAUGGGAGUUACUACGGGCCACAGCAAGCUGGUGUGCAUCGAGCGUCGCAGAGUGUGGGCGAUCUCCUCGGUGGGAGUGGAGGUACUGGGCGCAGUUCCAGGAUGGAUGGCGUCCUUGUUGGAGAGAAGAAGGCCAAGGGGAAGAAGAAGAUGGGAUGCGCUGUUAUGUGA